AUGAGCCGGCACAGCAAGAAUGCGACAGCGACGACACAUUUCACUUACCGCGAGCGGGUGGCUGCUGGCCACGGUACGCUAAAACGGCGCUUUGGGCGCGACUCGCAGCUCUCCUUUGGCGUGUGCUGCCUGUGUUUGGCCACGACGCACAGCCGCAGCCCUCUUGUGUCUCCAGGAGGCUUCGUCUAUUGCAAGGAAUGCAUCUACUCCAAUUUACUGGCCCAGAAGCGCUCGAUCCAAGAAAACGUAGCAGCCUACGAGCGAUUCAUGGAGACGCAGGACCGUAAGCAGCAGGACGAGGUGCUGCAGAAAGAGCGUGAGACGUUGCAGAAGGCGCUCGACGCGGCUGAGGGCGCCAUUAGCGGCAAGGCUACGCGUACCCUUGACCAGGCGCGAGCGCUGGCCACGCAGAAGCUCAAGGAGAAGGUAGACAGGGCCACAGAUGACGACAAGCGCGAGGCUAUGAAGAAGACGAGCUUCUGGAUCCCAGACUGCACCCCCACACAGGAGACGAAGGUGGACAAACCAGACACCAAGACCAGAGACCCCAUGAGUCUGGACGAGAUGAAACUCAAACACUUGAUGCCAGUCAAGUUCGAGUGGGACACGAGUGCUGCAGACGGGAAGCCGAAGGUGUUGUGUGCCGUGACUAAGAAGGAGAUCUCGCACCAUCGCGCGGUGCUACUGCGACCGUCUGGCCAGGUGAUUCUGGAGAGCUGCUUGAAGGACAUGGUGUUGCCCACCAUGACGUGUCCUGUCACGGGACUGAAGCUACGUAAGAAGGACAUUGUGUACCUGCAAGCAGGAGGUACUGGGUUUAGCGCGCAUAGUACAGUGGAGGCCAAAAAAUACCGCCCCACCAUGACCUAG